UGAGAAAAUGCUUCCUGGUUAUGGCAUUUAAAUACUGAUCAGGUCCAGUGGUAUAAACACUUGAAGCCUCAUCUGCAUCUCUGACCAACAACACAGCACAAUGUUCUUCCUGAAGCUCUCUCUACUCAUGCUGUUGGCUGUAGCUCCUGACUUGCUUGUUCAUGCGGGAGCUGGUGUUUUGAAUAUCCUCAGUGCUAACUAUGGCCGAAUUGAUUCCACAACGUGCUCUGCUGGACGACCCAGCAGCCAAAUCACUAAAACCGACUGUUAUGCAAUCAACACAUUGUCUGAGGUUACAAACAGAUGUGACGGCAAAAGCAGCUGUGUAGUACCUGCCACAAACUCUGUCUUCUCUGACCCCUGUUAUGGCACUUACAAGUACCUGAGCAUUAAAUAUUCCUGUGUGGUGCACAAGACCAGUGUGACCUGUGAAGGAGAUAAUGCUGUUUUGACAUGUGGAGCUGGUGUUUUGAAUAUCCUCAGUGCUAACUAUGGCCGAACUGAUUCCACAACGUGCUCUGCUGGACGACCCAGCAGCCAAAUCACUAAAACCGACUGUUAUGGAACCAACACAUUGUAUGAGGUUACAAACAGAUGUGACGGCAAAAGCAGCUGUGUAGUACCUGCCACAAACUCUGUCUUCUCUGACCCCUGUUAUGGCACUUACAAGUACCUGAGCAUUAAAUAUUCCUGUGUGGUGCACAAAUAACUGAAGACAUUUCAGCUUCUUCCCUGGUGUCCUCUUCAAUUUGAAAAGGAUUCAGAUUAAGUUAAAAUAUGUAACCCUUCAGUAUCCCAUCCUGCAGAGGCAUUGAUAUACUACAUAUAUUAAAUGACUGUAAUGAUUGUACUUUAACACCUUACUUCAGGGCUGAUGAAUAUUUGAGGGAUCCGCCUGGCACUAGUGGUUACAAUCAACAUUUGGUAUGGACAAUGACAUACAUAAUUGUAACUGAAAAAGAUACAAAAAUACUCUACCAUCAGCUAAGACAAAUGAUAUGAAAGCAUAUUUGCCAGCAGGGAAAUACAUAUUACUUAAACAAUAUUUUUGGUAUAUAGCAUAAACACAUUAGCAAAACAAGUUAGCAAAAAAAGGGGGUGUUUUUUUUUCAUCUAUCCUUUUGUUCUCUGAGAUUUGCUUGCUCUGUAGCCUUUUCAAAGGAUGGUGAAGGUGCAUGUUAAUAAAUGCAUAAUCAGAG